AUGGAUAUAGAAAGAUUCAAGAGACUCAGUAUUCCUAAAAUUGAAGCAGGAAAAAUGACUGAAGUUGUUAGGGAUGUUAUAAAAGAAGUUGAAACUAGAGAUCAAGAUUUAUAUGAAAAGGUGGCUAAAGAUCUAAAACCUCUAACAGAAAAGUUUGAUAAGGAAAUUGAGGAAAUCAGUAAAUUGAGAGAAGAUGUUAAUAAACAAGUUAUCCCCUAUGGUGAACAAGUUCAAAGAUUAGCAUUACCAGGCCCAAGUGGUGAGGUGGCACCCAAAAUGAUAGCUGAUAUGAAUAAAGGAUUUACUCAAGAAUUGGCAUUCAUACAAACCCAGCAAUUGCCAUUACCAGCUGACAUCUUUUUGCAAACCUUAAAAGAGCCAAAUUAUGCGAAACAAAUUCUGGAUAAAUCCGGUGAAAUAAAUAAGAAAUUGGGUCAGAAAAAAAGCCCAUUUGAGCACAACAAAAGCUAACAGAAAGAAAAAUAAGGAUGAAAUUGCCGAGUAUACUGAAGGAAUUGAUAUCAUAAGAAAAUACAGACAACGAAUUGGUAUUGUAGAGGAAGGAGCAAAAACAUUGAAAGUUGGUCAGGGUAUUUAUACACAAAAAAAGAGAAAUUCUUAUAUGAUUAACCCUAAUACUGGUGUUUAUGGAAAUGUAACAAUUGACGUGCCCAAACUUUAUGGCCAGCUCAAACUAAUUGCUCAUAAGGAUGGUAAAAAAGUCUAUGAUAAACAAGCGGACUUUGAUACCCUUGAUCUGCUCACAAAGCGGUUCAAUAGUAAAAAGAAGUAUUCACCAUUAUCUAAAAUGGUAUUUGAUGACCUGAACAGAAUAAGUGAUAUUCCAAUUCACCGAACAAGUAAUAAAUACAAAAAAAUCGGUGCAGGUGUUGUUUAUUAUAAUAAUCCAGUUGACCUACUGGACAGAUUAGAAUUAUUAGGUGGAUCCAUAUUGGCUGGAAAUAAUGGUGUGAAAAAUGAAUUUUCCAAAAUUGCUCACACACUAAAUAAAUUAGGCGUUCUAAAUAACAACCAGCUUAAUAGUCUAUUGAAGGAAUAUGUAAUCUAA